CUAGAAUAGGAAAUGUGGGAAAUGUGAAUACCAAUAUGCUAUGAAUUUCUUGGCUCCAUUGGGUGUUGCUAUUGGUGUAAUAUUAAACUAAACCGAUACUUUCAACAGCAAUAUGUAAUUUGAUACAUUGUUGUGCUUCUUCUUCAGAUUGAUAUACACCUCAAAGAUUGUGCUGUUCAUUGAAUUUUGGUUUCUGUUUGAGAUUACAUUUUCCGUGUACACUCCAUCUGAGAGCUGAUAGUUAAAAAAAAUCCCCUGGUUGGGUGAACAUUGACAUUUCCUGUGGAUGCAAUGCGAGUAAAGUGAUGUGAGACGUUGUGUUAAAAAUGUUUGGAAAUAUCCGCAAAAAGCUUAAUUCUGUGAUCCAGGAGGGGCUCAACAUCUCCGAAAAUAUCUCCAGUCAUUACAUCAAACCAUCCAGCCCCAAAAGUCCACAAUCACCUGUCUCACCAGGAGCUACGAGUAAUACCGGAGUGCCUUCUAGUUUCCCACAGUCCGUGCCUCCCUUCAUAAAUCUCUACGCCGGAUGUGAUCUACUGGCCAUCAAUGAGCGUCAGUGGACAGAGAUUCGGGAUCUGAAUGAGCUGAAUGCCAAAAAGGCGGCAGAUGUUGAUGCCACGAUCUUGGAUAUUCGAGACAGGACGGAACGCACUCUGACCACAAUCCAGGAUGUCAAUGUAACUCUGGCAGCUCUGCCAGUUGUCGUGACGACGCUUAAUGGAUGCGUGGAUGUGAUCAAGGAUGUUGGGGCUAAGUGUGAGACACUUGAGAAGAAGCUAAUGGAGUUGGAGGAUUUACUGGAGGUGCUGGAGCUGCAGGAAAAGCAACUUGAUCAUCGCUUUGAGAUGGCAAUGUAUAAAGAGAAGAAACUUGCUGCCUUGGAGAAGGUUCGAGAGGAAUUGGCAAAAAAGCAUGCAGAUAGCGUGAUGAAGCACGAGCUGAAGAUGCGAAAAGUUCAACAAGAACGUCAGAGUGUCUUUCAAGAUGCAUUCCAGGAUGAUAUGAAAUUCUACAAAGAGCAGGGCACCAUUCCAAAAGUUGAGACGAGAGUGGGUGAGAGAAAACUUUCAUUGGAAGAAGUAGAAUUGGAUGAUACGGACACAAAAGACGCCUUGGAUGAGUUCCUAAAUAAUUGACAAAGUCAAUUUAUGCAAAACUUCUCCAAUGUGCCAUGUCCGAGACUUCUUUUUGCUGUGAGCCAAGGACGAGACUGCCGAAAUUGUUGUUUGUUGCUGAAAGCUUCGGUGUCUUGUUGAAAUUUUUCGAAAGCUCCCUGUAUUACAAAUUAAAAAAAAAGAAAAUCUGUAUUAUCAAAGAGAAAA